AUGCAAUCCGAAACAGAAUCCACCGAUCACAAGAUCAGCCCAGCACUAAGCGCCGCACCGCGCGAGCUUCUAGAGGAUGUCAUCAAAGAAUUUUACCUCAAAGUUCCCUCAGUCCGCGAAAUGGUUAUAAGCAAGCUCUUAGUCAAUGAGGGCGACGUACCAGAAGUGUUUACCUCCGAUAGUGAAGAGGAUAGCGAUGGUGACGAAAAUCGCCCAGUCAAAAAAGACGCAGACCCAUUGGAAGCCAAAACACAGCCAACUGGCUCGAAAAGACUCAGAUCUCGCUAUGCUCGGUGCAUUAAUUGCGAGAACAUCUUUGAUGUGUCCAAAAACACAAGCCAGAGCUGCCGGUAUCACUCAGAUGCAAGUAUUCCUGACGAAGACCUGUUUCCCGACCACGAGGAGUGCACUCAUGGCCCAAUAGACACGCCUGAGAAUCGCGAAAACUAUCCGCAGAAUUUCUUCUAUGAGUGUUGUGACCGGACUCUGGAAGAAGAAGGCUGCGAAGUUAGUUGGCAUAGAGAAGAUACAUUCAAACGCCAGAGGAUAUAUUGA